AUGUCGUCCUUUUUCACUGUACCCAAUUCCCAGCGCAAGAGAAAGAGAGACGACCGCGCCGCAGCCCCAGGAUCGAAAAAGCGAGGCGUAGAUGCCAAAGCCGACGGUGGUCUACGCACCAGAGACAGAGAAGAAUCGAUCUCAGGAAGUGACUUGGACGAAGAUGCCGCAAUUGAUACGGCAGAGUCAGACGACGAAAGUGGAUCUGACUCCGAAGAUGGCGAAACCGCAGCGGAUCGGAGAUUGAAACUCGCUGAACGCUACUUGGGUAACAUUCAAGAAGAAGUCGACGAAGCUGGGUUUGAUGCCGCAGAUAUCGACCGAGACUUGAUUGCGGAACGAUUGAAGAAGGACGUCGAUGAGUUUAAAGGACGCACAUUCCGUCAAAUCGCUGCGAAACUAUCCAUUCCCACGGCGCCCCAUUCCUUUUUCCGCUCAGAUACCCAGUCAAACACUGCGAUUGCAGUCCACCCGCCAUUCUGUACCAGGCUCUACAGAAUUGAACGGCGAUAA